CGCGCCGAUUAGACCUCCAGUCCUCCUCCUUCGUCUGCCGGAGUCGGCUCUUCAGGGAGCGCGGGCAGGCGUAUCCGGGUAGAGGGCGCCCUUGAUUGGUCACCUGGCCUGAGUGCGUGGCGAGACCUUUUCCCGUCCUCCGGGAGAGAGGCGAGGCGAACGGGGAAAGCCGCAGCAACAGCCUCUGUGGUAAAGCAGGUAGAAGACGGAGCUGGGGGCGCUGUGGAAAGGAGGACUCUCGCGGAAAACGUCUGGCUGUAGAGCCCCGCGCCCAGACUUGUUUCUGAAAUGAAGAAACUUCUGCUGAUCGAUGCCGAUUGUGGAGUUGAUGAUGCUCAGGCUAUUAUGAUGGCUCUAGCAUCUCCUCGUGUUGAAGUCCUGGGAAUUACUUGCUGUUAUGGAAACACUCUGCUGGAAAACACCUGUAGAAAUGCACUCCGUGUGUUACGCAUUUGUAACAAGCUUCAGAUUCCAGUUUUUGCUGGUGCUUCUGCUCCCAUUCUUGGCGGGCCUCUGCUAGGGGCUUCCUUUCAUGGAAAAGAUGGCUUGGGUGAUGCUCCAGAUCCCAGUGCUCCAGGACAAGAACUUCUACAGAAAGAACAUGCUGUGAAUGCAAUAUUAAGAAUAGUCAAUGAGCGACCUGGUCAGGUUUCUCUAGUUGCAAUUGGUCCUUUGACAAAUUUGGCACUAGCUGUGAAAAUGGACCCAACGCUUCCUAAGAAACUUAGAAGCUUGUUUAUCAUGGGAGGAAAUACUGAAUCCAGAGGGAAUAUUACAAUUUGUGGAGAAUUCAAUUUUGUGACGGAUCCAGAAGCUGCUUACAUUGUCUUAAAUGACUACACCUGCCCAACUUACAUUGCAGCCUGGGAGUUCACAUGCUCCAGCCUCCUUCCCUGGGACUUCUACCAUGAAUGGGUUAAUCAGGAUACUGAGAAAGCCAAGUUCAUGAAGAAAAUAACUGCUCAUUCUUUACAAGUCUCAGAAUCUCACAAGGAAACUCCAGGCAAGAGAGAAUGGGCAUCGGGGUUUGUUUCUUGUGAUUCCUAUGCUAUGGCUGCUGCCAUUGAUGAGAACUUUAUCACAGAAGCUUCUGUGAUUGGCGUAAGUGUUGAGCUCAAUGGUUCGCUCACUAGAGGAAUGAUGGUGAUGGAUUGGACAGAUAAAUUGAAAAAGGAACACAAAGCCAUUGUCAUUAAAAAAUGUGAUCUAGGGAAGUUCCAGGAACUUAUGAUGGCCGCUUUAAAAUAAAAAUGGCCAUAUCCCAACUAUUAUCUGAUUUGACGGGCAACCUGAUUUUCACAUAUCCUAUGGCAGCCCUCAGCAUUCUGGAUAUUACUUCAGUGGUCCUGCCCUCAAAUUGCUCCUAGAGUUCCAAGAGAAAGACUCUUGUUUCUUUUGAAUGCUGGAAUAUCAUGCGGAUGGCAUAGUGUAGGAGCAAGGGGAGGAUAGGAUUCGGCUGUUAUCUUAGGUGAUGCCACUUUCACUAUACAAUUAGACGUAAUUUUCUUAUAUGUAAAACCUAUACAAAAUGCAUUUGUGAAAGGUCCAGUUUAGAUUUGCACCAUAGAGAAGGGAUCCUUGCACGCAUCUCCCACCCGCCGCCCACUUUAUCUAUGGUAAAGCAUCUUGGUAGCCAUUUAAUAACUUUUAAAGCAAAUUUUGUCUGGUAAACUUGAAAGAUUAAUUCACUGUAACCUGUCUCCAUUUGGCAAGAGUAUUGUGAUCUAGUAUACACAUAUUGGGGACAUUCCAGAGAAAAAUAAUGCAUAUCUUUUUCCCCCUUCAAUGGAUCAUAGUAUUAUUAGAGCCAGUAAUAUUUCUUUUAACUUAUAGGAAGGACAUACCAAUAAUUACAGCAAGCUGCUUUCAUAUGUGAUAAGUGCGGCCAGAUAUGUGCUGCAAAAUAUUGGAGUGUUGUCAGUCUCUCCAGUAGUCAAAUGAGAAAAUAAAUUACAUAAAUACAUAAAUAAUUUGAAACUGACAAAUUAUAGCAGAGUAAAAGAAGGAAUUUUGUAUAGAAUUGCAAUUAUUUUAUCAAUUAUUGGAAAAAUAAAACAUGUUUCUACAA